CAGGUGAAGCCAGUAAGGCGAUCAUCGUGCUGGAUUUGCAGGUUGUGCUCUAUAUGGGAGUCCAUAAAGAUUAAUGUUGUGAACUUGACAUGUGUGAGUCUUGCAGUCAGUGGAGUGGAAAUUAGUUUGGUGCUCAAGUUCAGGAGGAUAUGGAUAUUUGCUCGAACCACUUUGGUGGAUUGGAAUGUGAUAAUUGGGGAGUUUGCCAAUUUUGUUGCUUAUAUGUAUGCUCCUGCUGUCCUUGUGACACCCCUUGGAGCAUUAAGUAUAAUUGUCAGUGCUGUUUUAGCACAUUUCUUACUAAAAGAGAACUUGGGGAAGUUAGGUAUUUUGGGAUGUAUUUUGUGCGUUGUGGGUAGUACAGUCAUUGUGCUUCAUGCACCUGGCGAACAUAGUAUUAGCUCAGUGGAAGAAAUCUGGGAACUAGCAGUACAGCCUGCUUUUCUUUUGUACAUGGCUUCAAUAGCAGCAGUUGUCUUGGUACUUGUAUUGCAUUGUGAACCACGGUAUGGGCAGACAAACAUCAUGGUCUAUAUCGGAAUUUGUUCUGUAAUUGGAUCCUUAACUGUUAUGAGCAUCAAAGCUAUAGGUAUUGCCAUAAAACUCACUCUGGGAGGUUAUAGUCAAGUAGCUCAUUUCAAGUCAUGGGUAUUUGCAAUGGUUGCGGUUACUUGCAUUGCCACUCAAUUAGUCUACUUAAACAAGAUUUUGCUGCACUUCCUCAAAUCUCGUGGCUCGUCCAUGCAAAUGGUGAGAUAUGGAAGCAAAAGGACAACGAUGAAUUGCAUUCGGAAUAUGUGGCAUUUAUACAUCCAGAUCAUUUUAAGUGAAGGAAAUAUAUUGGGUAAUGAACUUGGAAUUGCUAUUGGCGGGCAAAAAUAUCCCGUCAGCGGUCCGUGUUGAUUUUCUGGUAUUUUUCAUGAAGUCAAUGAGCAUUUUUUUUUUUUCAUUUUACUUAUUUGAUAAUCAAGAUUCAAGAUUGAGCUUGUGAGAUUUAGGCUAUGAUAUACUGUAACUUUUGUGUUAUUUUUUGGUUAUUAAUAGUGCUUACUAGCCAACAAUGCUUUGUAUUCUUUGUAGAAAGUGGAAACUCCAAUUUAGACCCUUUUGUGAUGAGUGGGAAGAAA